GAGGACAGACCAGUCUCAUCCUGUCUGUGGUUAAAGAAUCAUAUUCUUUUGAUCAAAUCUUCAGAAAAGUCAGUUCAGAAUGAAGUUCUUGGUGUUUCUGGCCCUCCUGGGAACAGGUCUACAUGACGCGGCCGCAGUGACUCACUCUCUGAAGUAUUUCUACACUGGAUCUUCUGGAGUCCCAAACUUCCCAGAGUUUGUGACUGUUGGGUUGGUUGAUGAAAUUCAGAUAAGUUACUAUGACAGUAACACCAGGAGAGAAGUACCCAAACAGGACUGGAUGAUCAAUGCAGUAGAUCCACAGUAUUGGGAGAAGAACACACAGAUCUCUAUUACUGACCAGCAGACCUUCAAAGCCAACAUUGACAUUGCAAAGCAGCGCUUCAACCAAACUGGAGGUGUCCAUGUUGUCCAGAGGAUGUACGGCUGUGAGUGGGAUGAUGAGACUGGAGAGAUCUAUGGUUAUGAUCAGUGGGGUUAUGAUGGAGAAGACUUCAUUGUUUUUGACCUGAAGACAGAAACAUGGAUCGCUCCAACACCACAGGCUGUCAUCACCAAACACAAGUGGGAUAAUGACAAGGCUUGGAUAGCGCAGGACAAGCACUACCUCACCCAGAUUUGUCCUGACUGGCUGAAGAAGUAUGUUGACUAUGGGAGGAGCGUUCUGAUGAGAACAGAGCUUCCCUCAGUGUCUCUCCUCCAGAAGACUCCCUCCUCUCCAGUCAGCUGCCUCGCUACAGGUUUCUACCCUCACAGAGCCUCACUCGUCUGGAGGAAAGAUGGAGAGGAGCUUCAUGAGGAGGUGGACCACGGAGAGAUCCUCCCCAACCACGAUGGAACCUUCCAGAUGAGUGUUGACCUGAAACUUUCAUCAGUCACACCUGAAGACUGGACCAGGUACGACUGUGUGUUUCAGCUCUCUGGUGUGAACGAGGACAUCACCACCAGACUGGACAAAGCAGAGAUCAGGACCAACGAAGCCAACUGCACUUCAUCCAGUGACAACAAGUCCAAGAUCUCUGAGCCGUCUGAGCUUGAACAGAAUAAAACAUCCCCACCACCAAACGCAUCAGCCUGAACACAGUUUCUGGAUGGACUCUGCACUGGAACAAUGGAUGCUGUGGUCGUCUCUCUGUGUUCCUCCUGGUGAUGAACCUCCCUCCUCCUCUCGCUCACUGGAUUAACUCCAGUCCUCCUCCUCUGUCUGCAGGAGGAGCAGGAUAACAACUGUAUGGAUGGAGUUUAGUAUCACUGUGGGGAGCUUUCUUGAUUUGAAUGUAAUUCAUUGGACACAUAUUUCAGUCUGGUUAAUGCUACAGCUCUAAAUGUCACCCUGAUCACACACACACACAAAAUAUACAGAUGGCAUCAGAAC